AAGACACGAUUUUUUCUGAGAAAUGGGCGAUGAGAGAGAACGCUUGUUGAGGAAGAACAAGUUCCAACGAAGCAUCUCAUACGCGCAAGACGAGCUUCAGAGCUUCCGGUCGUGGCUCCGAUGGAUGUGCGUCGACCAAUCCACGAUCUCCACGGGGUGUCUCUCCUGGUCCGUCUUCAUCCUCCUCGCCAUCGCCGUGCCUGUAAUGUCUCAUUUCUUGCUUGCCUGUUCCAGCUGCGAUGCCAAGCAUCAGCGCCCCUACGAUGCCGUUGUGCAGCUGUCGCUCAGCAGCGUCGCAGUGCUCUCCUUUUUGUGCCUCUCGCGGUUCAUCAGGAAUUAUGGCCUUCGGAGGUUUCUCUUCUUUGAUAAGCUUCGGGAUGAAAGCGAGAUGGUGAGGAAGAACUACACGGAACAGCUCAAUAGAUCAAUGAAGAUCCUCUCGCUCUUCGUCCUCCCAUGCUUCGCUGCCGAGGCUACAUACAAAAUAUGGUGGUACAGCAGCGGACGUAGCCGCAUCCCAUUCUUGGGAAACGUGUACGUGAGCGAUGUCAUUGCGUGCACCCUGGAGCUAUGCUCCUGGCUCUACCGCACAUCAGUCUUCUUCUUGGUGUGCGUCCUCUUCCGUCUCAUCUGCCACCUCCAGAUCCUACGUUUACAGGAUUUCGCUCGGGUGUUCCAGGCGGAAUCAGACGUGGAGUCGGUGUUGAAGGAGCACCUGCGCAUCAGGAGGCAUCUCCGAAUCAUCAGCCAUAGGAACCGUGUGUUUAUCCUAUUUGCUCUUAUGUUCGUCACCGCCAGUCAAUUCGCUUCCCUCCUCAGUACCACUCGCUCUCGCGCCGACGUCAAUAUGUUCACCGCCGGUGAACUUGCGCUGUGCUCCAUCACACUUGUCACAGGACUGCUGGUGUUGUUCCGGGGUGCAACGAAGAUCACACACAAGGCGCAGGCCAUCACGUGCCUUGCUGCCAAGUGGCACGUGUGCGCCACAAUAGACUCAUUUGAAUCCAACGAACCCGAGAGUCCAAGGAUCCAGAUUCCCUGUCCACGACCCUUUCCUUCCAGAGCGAAUAAUGAGAACGAUGCAGAAUCAGACGGCGAAGACGCUGGUGAUGAAGAAGAUGACGUGGAUAGUACCAAACUCAUCCCGGCCUAUGCCAGCAGUACCAUCUCCUUCCAGAAAAGACAGGCUCUAGUGGUAUAUUUUGAGAACAACAGAGCAGGGAUAACGGUGUACGGAUUCAUGCUGGACAGGACAUCGCUGAACACCAUAUUCAUGAUAGAGAUGUCCUUGGUCCUCUGGUUGCUUGGGAAGACCAUUGGAAUUUCCUGAGAGCGAGAGGGAGUGGUAGGUACCAUACUACCAUACCAGGUUCGCGUUUUGGGGCUUAGGAGAACAUUGAUUCAAAUAUUGUAUUUUAUCAUUGUAAAUUCCUUAUCCUCUUUUUUGGUUUUUAUCUUUGGAAGUUGGUUUUUUCAAUCAAAUUCGUUUUGUAUAAGUUUUAUUUUAGUGAGUUGAUUUUUUCUGGUCUUAUUAUGCCUACAACUAUUAAA